AUGUCUGGUUUCUUCUGGAACAUCAGAGGAUUCAAUAAAAAAACUAAACACUCUGUUGUUCGAGAAUGGAUCAGAAGAGGAUCGUUCCAGUUCGGUUGUCUACUGGAGACGAGAGUUAAGGAAGCAAAGGCUAGUCGUAUAGCUGAUUUGGUAUUUGGAGAUUGGUCUUUCCUAUCAAAUUAUGAAAAUAAUAGGCUGGGAAGGAUUUGGAUAGUUUGGAGUCCAAAGGUUCGGGUGACUCCAUUUUUUAAAAGUGGACAAGUUAUAACUUGUGCUAUCUUGCUGGAAGGGAUGACGGAAGAAAUAUUUUGUUCUUUUGUUUAUGCUGCAAACACGGUGGAAGAGAGGAGGGAGUUAUGGCAAGACUUGAAAGCUCAUCAGGACUCGCCAAUUAUUAAAAACAAGCCUUGGUUAAUAUUUGGAGAUUUCAAUGAGAUUCUUGAUGAGAAUGAGCACACUGGUAAUGAAGAAAUGAGUUAUAAUGGAAUGAGAGAAUUCCAGGAAGUAGCCAACUAUGGCUCGUUAAUGGACAUGUCUUAUCAAGGGCCUAAGCUUACUUGGAGCAAUAAAAGGGACAAUGACUUGAUCUGCAAGAAGCUAGACCGAACUUUGAUGAAUGAAGCAUGGAUACAGAGCUUUCCGCAAGCAUAUUGUGUAUUUGAAGCAGGAGGAUGUUCUGACCACUUGCGCUGCCGUAUUGUGAUCAAGGAAGGGACAGUAAAGGUUAGAAAACCUUUUAAGUUUGUAAAUGCAGCAGCAGACCUUCCAGAGAAGCCAAUUCUGCGUAAUCUGAGCAAGGAUCAUAUUGGUGACAUUGUGAAGAAUCUAGAGGAAAAGAUUCUAAGUCAAAAGGCUAAAGUACACUGGCUAGGAAUCGGAGAUGGGAAUAAUAAGCAGUUUCAUCGGGCUGCUAAGGCUAGGGAAGUUCGAAAUGCUAUACGGGAGAUUCAUAAAGAAGAUGGCACAAUAGUAGAAACUCAAGAGGAGAUCAAGGAGGAGGCCGUGAGGCAUUUUUCAACUUUCUUAUCCCAUAAACCUGAGGAUUUUGUGGGCAUAGCAGAGGAUGAACUCAAACAGCUGUUGGAUUUUGAAUGUGACGAAACUGAUAUGAGGCUGCUGGAUAAUGAGGUAUCUGAGGAGGAGAUAAAGAAGGUUCUCUUUUCAAUGGCUGCUGAUAAAUCCCCAGGACCUGACGGGUUCACCUGUGUAAACUCAACCAUACUAGCUCUUAUACCAAAGAAAAACGAUGCAACAAAAAUGGGAGAUUACAGGCCCAUAUCUUGUUGCAACGUUUUAUAUAAGGUGCUCUCAAAGAUAUUGGCAAACAGGUUGAAAAGGAUUCUCCCAAAAUUCAUUUCUACAAACCAGUCAGCUUUUGUGAAGGAUCGGUUAAUUAUGGAAAAUGUUUUACUUGCCUCUGAGUUGGUUAAGUGCUACCACAAGACCACAAUAUCAUCUAGAUGUGCAGUAAAGAUUGAUAUCUCCAAGGCCUUUGAUUCAGUUCAGUGGUCCUUUGUGUUGUCGAUACUCUCUGCAAUCAAACUUCCGGAAAAGUUUAUUCUUUGGGUGAAGAAGUGCAUCGAACUAGCUUCCUUCUCGGUUCAGAUCAAUGGAGAGCUUGCUGGAUACUUUAACAGCGCUAGAGGACUACGACAGGGUUGUUCCUUAUCUCCAUACCUAUUUGUAAUGUGCAUGGAAGUCCUUUCAAAACUGUUAGAUAGAGCGGCAGUGGAAAAAAAGAUUGGUUUUCAUCCAUACUGCCAAGAAGUUAAGUUGACUCACCUCUGUUUCGCCGACGAUCUCUUGGUCUUCUCAGAUGGGAAAAAGAGUUCAGUGGAAGGUAUUCUUCAAGUAUUUAAAGAGUUUGCAAGUAUCUCGGGCCUUCGUAUAAGCUUGGAGAAGUCUACUCUGUUUCUGGCAGGACUAUGUGAAGACAGAGAGGCAAUACUAGCUCAGUUCCCUUUUGAAGUGGGAACUCUACCGGUUAGAUAUCUUGGGGUCCCAUUACUAACCAAACGCAUGACGUCGAGCGAUUACUCCCCUCUGGUGAAUAGAAUCAAGAAGCGCAUCACUUCUUGGACGGCAAGGCAGCUCUCAUUCGCAGGACGACUGCAACUCAUUGGCUCGGUGAUUCACAGUAUUACUAAUUUUUGGAUGGCGGUUUAUAGGCUUCCGAAGCAAUGCAUAAAAGAGAUUGAUCAACUUUGCUCAGCUUUCUUAUGGUCAGGUCCAGCCAUGAGUACAUCGAAAGCCAAGAUCUCUUGGGAAAACGUAUGCAGGCCGAAGGAUGAGGGUGGCCUAGGUCUACGUUCUUUGUCUGAAACAAACAGAGUAUGUUGCCUCAAGCUUAUCUGGCGUAUAACGUCACAGUCAACAUUGUGGGUUCAAUGGGUAAAACGAUAUUUGAUACGCAAAGGAUCUUUCUGGAGCGUGAGUGAUACAUCUACACUUGGUUCUUGGAUCUGGAAAAAGCUGCUGAAGUAUAGAGCUCUUGCUAGAUCUUUUGUAAAAGUUGAUGUGAGGAAUGGGGCAGCCACUUCUUUUUGGUUCGAUGAGUGGUCUCCCUUGGGGAGAAUUCUGGAUAUCACGCAUAUGCAGGGAUGCAUCACGCUUGGGAUCAACAUUAACGCCACGGUAGAGUUUGUCGUUCAACAAUACCGGAGUCGUCGCUAUAGAGCAGAACACCUGAUCACUAUUGACAGGGAAAUCCUAAAGUUGAGAACGCAGGGGCUCACUGAUGAGGAAGAUGUGGUCUUGUGGAAAGGGAAAGGAGAUGUAUUUCGAGCUGCUUGCCCUUUCACAGAGACAAUUUGGAGGAAUCUCUCAAGGAAACUGCUUGGACGACAAUACUCUCCAAAUUGGAGUCAAGUUCUCGCCCUUGUGUCAGCGAAUCAGGUAUCAGGGGUGACGAAGUAUCUUCUCAGAUAUGUGUUCCAAGUCUCUGUACACACGAUUUGGCUGGAGAGAAAUGGCAGAAGACAUGGCAACAUGCAGCGUCCUUCAUGCAUACUUAUCAAGUUCAUCGACAAACAAGUGAGAAAUAGAAUCAGUUCCCUCCAAGGACGAGCAGGAAAGUCAUUUACCCAAGCUAUGGUGACUUGGUUCUCUUCUAGAGAGUAG